AUUUUGGCAAUACACGAAUGCUAUCAAGCCAAAUAUGAAUAUACCAAUAUAUAUACUGUGCUUAAUUCAUAUUAAAAAAUAAUAGCUCAAAAAAGUUUCGCAAAUAUAAAUAAAUAAUAAUGCCCUAAAAUUUUCAACAUUUAGAAAAAAGUGACUAACUGUAUAAAGAUUCUAUUGGAAUAAAACAUAACCUAAAUGAUUUGACAAUGGCUAUGUUUAGGGCUUUGGGAAGGAAUAUUCCCUAUUUAAACCAGCAAUUCGUGGCCUUAUUAGGAAACACUAGUACAUCAGUUAAGUUCAUUUGCGGAGUCGUGCUUCUCAGUUAUGGACUUUCUUAUUGGGAUAUUGCUGUGGACGUUAUAUCAGUUACUCCUGGAUAUAUCAUACCACCUUUGAGAGUUUGGUCUCUUUUUACAUUUUGUUUUAUGGAAAUACAUUUUUGGGAAGUUUUGGUUGAUAUCAUUACGGUGGGGCUAUGUGGAAAGCUGUUUGAACCGUUAUGGGGUCAGAUGGAAAUGACGACUUUCUUUGCUCUUGUAAACUUUGGAGUGGGAAUUUUUACCACAACAUUCUACUUUAUUUUGUAUUAUUGUACAUUUAAUGCAGAAUUUCUUUUCAACAUAUAUAUCCACGGUCUCGCAGGCUACGUCGCUGGCGUGAGUGUAGCUGUGAAGCAAAUAAUGCCCGAUUUGAUUAUUAUGAAGACUCCUUUGGGAAAACUAACUAACAGAAAUGUACCACUAACUGUGUUUUUCCUUUCAGUAAUACUUAAACUUAUAGGCUUAGUUGAUGGGACUUAUCCCACAAUGUUUUUUGGAGGUUUGUUGGUUAGUUGGGUCUAUUUACGAUUUUAUCAGAAACACAGCAAUGGAACGCGCGGAGACAUGGCUGACUAUUUCACGUUUGCAAGCUUUUUCCCAAAUGUGAUUCAACCACCAAUAGCAGUGGUUAGCAAUAGUGUGUACAAUAUUCUAGUCAGGUUGGGAAUCUGUAAGAGAAGUAUACGGAAAUUUGACAUGUCAAAUCCUACAGGCGUCACUGUUACUGUUUCAAAUGUGGAUCAGCAUGACAUGGAAAGAAGGAGGCAAAUUGCUUUGAAAGCCCUAAGUGAGCGCUUGUCAAAGUCUUACAGUGAUAAGCAACCAUUGCUACCUCUAACGUUGAGCACGAACAAAGUAUCAUUACCGCCCACCGUUAUGCAAAGCACGUUGGCGCCCGCGCCACAAAUCCAACAGUUGGUAUCGGUUUCAAAGCCAUCUACAUCAAAUCUACCCACGACCGGCACCUAACCUAACCUGCAGUCUGCGGGUUUAUUACCUUUGUGGAUUCAAACUUUAGAUGAUGUAGAUAUUUAAGGUCGUUACCUGUAAAAUAGUGAUACAAGUGUUUUUUUUUUUAAUUUAAUUUCAUCCUUUAUAGCAUUGUAAUUCUGUAAAUACAAUCUGUAAC